AAAAUCAUGGAGGUAGAAUCUAAGUUCUUACCAGAUUUAAUCAAAAAUUUCGAACAACUUUAUGAAACAAAAGAUGAUUGUGAUCUUAUCAUUUAUGCAGGAGAGGAACCAAAUGCUCAAAAGAUUUACGCUCACUCGGUUAUCCUUCGUUGUCAAUCAACUUAUUUUUACACAGCAUUUUCGAAUAAUUGGGCCGAAAAAAAGGAUGGAAUGUACAUAUUUAACAAACCUAAUGUUACGCCAAAUAUUAUGAACAAGCUUAUAAAAUUUUUUUAUUGUGGAAAAUUAGAUUUGGAUUUUGAAAAUGCUAUAGAUGUUAUAAAACUAUUAAUAGCUGUAGAUGAGUUUGGACUUCCUACUCUUGCGGAACAUAUUCAAGAAUUUUUUGUUAAUAAUCAAUUAAAAGUUGAUCCCGUCGGAAUUCUUAAAAUAAUUUUUGAGAAUGAAAAUUUUUCAACUUUACAAAAUUUAUCAUUGGAAAAAAUUUGUCAAGAGCCACAUAUAUUAUUUCAAAAAUAUUCUUUUUUGACAAUACCAUCACAUAUUUUAGAAAGCCUUCUUAGUCGAGAUGAUCUUAUGUUAAAAGAAAUUGAAAUAUGGAACAACUUAAUUAAGUGGGCUCAUGCACAAAAUUCUACCGUCAAUCGCGAUCCUUCCGCUUGGACCAAAGAUGAGAUUAAUAUAAUGGAGCAAACCAUACAUAAUUUUAUACCAUUGAUUAGAUUUCAAGAUAUCACUUCAGAAGAAUAUUGUAGUAAAGUGAUGUGUUAUAAAAAAUUAUUACCUAAAAAAUUAAAACAGGAAAUUUUACAAUUUUAUUUAAUGCCUAGCGUAAGGAGAAUUAUUGGAUCAUUACCACCAAGGUUACCUAAAAUUGAUUCCGUUAUUAUUUAUCCAGAACACGUCAAAUUAUUCGCAAGUUGGUUGGAUAGAAGAGUUGAACCCUAUAAAAAAGCUCAAGAGGUUCAAUACGAAUUUGAUCUCAUUUUACGUGGAAGCGUGGAUGGAUUUACUUCCCCAGCAUUUCAUUAUAAAUGUGAUCCUAAAGAGGCAAGUAUUGUAGUCGCAAAAAUUAGAGGAACAAAUAAAAUAGUUGGCGGGUAUAAUCCACUUAAUUGGAGUGGAGAUGGUAUUUUCAAAAAUGCACCAGAUAGUUUUAUAUUCUGUCUUGAUGAUUAUCAGAACAUUAAUACAGCUCGUUUAGGUAGAGUAAUUAAUACACAAUACGCUGUAAGUUGUUGGGUUGAAUGGGGUCCACUCUUUGGAUUUUGGUGUGGUAUCAGUCAUGAUUUAAUGAUGCAUCCAGAUGGUACUUGGAGUUCAAAGCCAAACUCAUAUCCUGAUAUUAACAUUCCAAGGAAUUUUGAGAUUGAUGAUUAUGAAGUAUUUAAAGUAGUUAAGAUAACGGAUUAGUUUAUUUUUGUGAUGAUGGAUUCUUUGAGGGAAGAUUAUUUCGAGGACGUUCUAAAUAAUUUCAAAAAAGUAUUUUAUAUUUUUUUUUUUUUUUGAUCAUCAAAUUAUUUAAUUGUACGUGGUAUUAUAUAUUAUUUAACAAAUAAAGAUAGCA